GGAACAUCCACCGUCUCUAUUUCCUCUUCCAUCGGUUUUCAAAAUUCAAUUCAUUCAAGUUUUGUUAUAAAUUGGAAAUUCGCAAGUGAGGUCUCGUUGAGACCAAAGGAGCAAACCGCUCCCCCUUUGGCUCUUAUCUUGCAUAUCGAGUUUAUCGCUGAAUUGUAGUUGUGAGAAAUUGUGAGUUAUUUUGAAUUUUCCAAGGAGGAAUGCGGCACGCAGCGACUGAGGAUACGAUGAAGGAGAACUUGAUGAAGCAAGAUAUGAAGAUUGACUGGGAGGGUAAUCGACCGGAGGAGGGUUCACCUGUUGUACCCAGAACUGCUGAGGAACAGGCGGUGGAGAGUCCUCAGAGUGUUAUCACAACUAGAAGACACGUGCGGACAAUUACCACUACUGGACACAUCACGGAGACUAUUGCUGAGGGGGAACCUCAUUCACCAGUACCCAGUCCUUCUGAGAAAUCCAAUAGUAUGCAGAUGGUACCGGAGGGACAUCAGGGACAUCAGAACAGGGAGGGCUUCCAGGAGCAGCAUUCGCAGUUUAUUCACAUUAAUCAGGAGAGCCCGGGGGAGCAGAGGAGCAUUGACCAGCAUCAAGUGAUCUAUAAUAAUGGAGAUGAACUCCAGGUGGAGAAUCGAGAGGCUGAAGGACAGGCUCUUGGUAUAACUAUCAAAGAUCAAGCUCGCUACGGAACCCCUGCAUCAGAGAGAACAGAAGUGGACAGGGUGUACAUCUCCUACGAGGAGAACGACACCCGUCGUGGUGGUCCUGUAAUAACAGUACAAGUGCCCGAUCCAAGACGUCAUCAGUCGCGAUUCAGUCCCCAGGAGAAUGGCCAGGUGACGAGAUAUCAGAAUUCUCCAGCAUCGGGGGAGGACUAUGAGGCGAGCGCCAUGGUUUCUCAUCCACCUACAGUUCACAUACCAUCACCAGCCCAUCCUUAUUCACCACCUGUGGAGACCAUCAGAACCAACCAGCAACAAUUGGGAUCCACCUACACCGCGACUACCAUCAAGUACGAUGUGACUGCUCCAGUGGCCACAGACAAUUUGAAAACCAACAGCACUUACACUACCCUUGAACCUGUUGCACUACCUCCAGCACAGACUGUUCAGUAUACACCAUUCGUUGCUGAUGGUUUUCAGUCCAGCAGUUAUGCUUAUGCUAAACCUGGUGACAUCACUUACUUGGCUUAUCCCAGUGGACAGGCCAAUUUCAGGACUGGAGAGGUCGAAUCAAGAGUCUACAUAAAGGGUGACCCCACCCUGACCUCAUCAUCCUUAAUUCCCACAAGAACGCAGCUUCACUACGAGCAGCCAGGAUCCCCCAAUUCCCAAGUGACUAUCUAUCCAGGAUCCACUCAGGCCUUUCAGUACGUGAAGACCUCUGGUGAGACUUAUUGGGCGCCUCCUCCGAGCUCCACGUCACCACCGACACUGGGUUACGUCGAGGGAUAUCCCAUUCCCAUCACAACGAGUGACGCAGGUACCAUGAUGUACUCUGGAGGUGGUUACACUGUUGCUGGGGACAAUGGUCCGUCUUCUCCAUGGCCCACUAUACCAGUCAGCGCUUCUGACGAGGCAUUUGAUCACCAGUUGAUUCCAGUUGACACUAAGGAAUGCGUCAACUGCGCUGCCAGCAUGACACCCUUGUGGAGAAGAGAUGGCACUGGACAUUACUUGUGCAAUGCCUGUGGGAUUUACAACAAGAUGAACGGUGCCAACAGACCUCCCAUGAGGUGCGGAGGCAAAAUUAAACAGAGUAUCGCACCUAGUGGUCGUAGAACGGGAGUGUUGUGCGCUAAUUGCAGAACAAGCAACACAACAUUGUGGAGAAGGAACAACAACGGCGAGCCCGUUUGCAAUGCCUGUGGCCUCUACUUUAAGCUCCACAACGUGAACAGACCGAUGAGUAUGAAAAAGGAUGGGAUUCAGACGAGGAAGAGGAAACCGAAGAAUCACACGGGGAUGGGGAGUGGAUUGGCUGGAUCCAGUGGUAUCCACAAGACCGAGAUGAAGUCAAACCUACUCGUGGACUCGAAGCGGCAGUUGAGUAUGUACGGGGGUGGGGUCGUUGAUGGGUUUGAGGAACAUCAUUAUCUAGCAAUGACAACAGCCCAUAUGGGGCACGCGCAUUCACCCCUCGCAUUGCCCUCAGCUGCUGCACUCAAUCGUCAGACAACCCUUACUGUGCCCCCAUUAGAGCCGAUAACAAGUUAAAUCCGCACUUCGAUCGGUCGUGAGCUCAACAAGGCAUAAUAAACCGACUGUUGAUAAUUCCUGACAGUCCCAUGGAAAUGCCUGCCUGAUCAGCUCCGAUCAUCGAUGGUAUUCCCGGAGGGAGUCGCCAUCUUCUGGGCAAUAACAAAAUUAUAUAUACCAAGAACAAGAACAACAGCAGCGCGGGUUUAUUCUUUAUCAAUUAGUUAAAUAAUUCGGUGAUUGCCAAUGAGCAGAUCUUUUCUGCACAUUAUGAUAUGAUUUCACCACGAAUGAAAAAUCCGACAAUUGAGUGAAUUGAAAAUUAAGAAAAAUUAUAAUUGAUCAUAAAAUGAUCGUAAACGGUAGCUGUGAAUGGAAAGGAAGAAGAUUUUUUUGAUUAUUUUUUUAAUCCCUAUGUUAGCUAAUGGAAUUCAAAAUUUAUGGAAUUUUUCCCUCCAGUUUCCUGCAAAUAGGGAAAACUCUAUUUUUCAGGGAAGAAUUGAGUCCUUUAUUUGUUUGCAACGAACUUAUCGGGAAAUUUCCGAUAAUUUUGAAUUUCUUGUGGUAAAAAAUGGCAGAGAUGGGGCGAGAAAUUUAAGGAAAUAACUCGUAAAAUUGACGCGCAUUGAUAUCAAAUUUUUGUAGAGAUCAGAAGAAAUAGUGCGGAGAGAAUAGUAUAUUCCCCAUUCUUUUGUGUGAAUAAUGAUCAAUUUGAUACCCCAGUAAGGCAGAACCCACAGAAUUUACGCCUGUCUGUUAUCACCCCAUGCACUGAUAGUACGAUUCAUUUAUCGCUAACGAAGAGUUUGGUAACGAAUACUAGAUUUAAAUAUGACUAAAGAAAUAGUCGUUAAUGGUUAAAAACGACUCGUUAAUAAAACUCUGGGUUAUAAUUGUAAAUAAUAGUAUUUCUCCCAUUUCCAUGGUUCAUUCAAACAAGCUGUGUAUUAAUAAUUAACAGUUGAACCUGAAACGCACAAAUGAAUUUUUCUAUCAGUACUGAGUUGACGGAUUCUGGUGCUGUGUCGGUGAUUGUACAUAGAUUUUAUACAUUUGUCCAAAGAUUUGUGUUAGUUUUAAUUAUUUUAAAUCCCAUCUUAACAAAUAUUUUAAUAUAUUUCACUGUGUAGGUAUUCGCUUUGAGAU